AUGUCACACUGUCCGUAUUGUGAUUACCAUAAUAUGUAACAGGCAAAAAGGGACUAGUUGCUACUAAAACCCUUAGGUGAAACUCCCCCAGCUUUAGUAACCAAUUCAACUGCGUAGACUUUAGACAACCAUGUAAAGGGAUUCCACUGUCUGAAAGAGACCAAACCCCUAUCACACCAUGGUGGAUGUGAAGAGUCUGAGUGAUUAUGAAUUACAGAAUGAACUUAAUAAGCUUGGAUUUUCACCUGGCCCAAUAUUACCUUCCACCAGAAAAGUGUAUGAAAAAAAGUUAGUGCAAUUGUUGGUCUCGCCUCCCUGUGCAUCAACUGUGAUGAAUGGACCCUGCGAGCUGGACAGAGCUCAGGAUGAUGACGACAGUGAAGAGCUUAAUGUCACUAUCAUUUUGAAAGGAAAUAUCAUUCUCUCAUCAGAAAAAAACAAGGCACUCAAAAAAAACCCAGUUUUUGAAAUACAAGAGCAGCAGGAAGAGAUAAUGAAAUCAAACUCUGAUUAUAGUGAUAACAUGAUAAUAAAGAGACUCGAGGCUUCCAACACUAACCCAGAAGCCCUAGAUAUCUACUACCUGGCUUAUAAGCAUCCUGAGGGAAUAAGGUUUCCUAACAGAGCAUCAAACACCAGAUUCGAAGGAUGGAGUUGCAUCAGAGAAACAGACUACUGCCCGGUGAACAGGAGUGUUGAGUUCGGGAACCUAGAAAUUCUUCCAGUGGGCCUGAAGCUUGCUGUGUUUGGCAUCUUCAUCAUUGUGAUAUUUGUCUACAUAACAGUGGAAAAGGAGCCGUUCUUUGGCUAAGUGCUUUAGGAACAGAGCAAUGAGUGAGCACCUGAGCAUGCCUCUAAGCCGUCCUGCUGCAGGGAAGGACAGAAAGGCUGCUUGAAAAAGGGAUGCCCAGCCCCAUAGCCAGGUAGCUUUCCUCUCUGCUGCUCUCACAAAACCCUACCCAGGCUCAUGAUUUCAAAGCCAAUGGGGCCUUACAUACUGUCUAGUUCACCACUUAUGUUUCGAGAUAAGGGAACAGGCCAGGGAGGUUGAAGGAAAUGCCAAAAGUCACAAUGAACUGAAUCCAGAAUCCAAGGUGCAAAGAAACAAGGUAAAGAAGCAGACACUCUCAUCAAAGAGCUUGAGGAUAAGGAAUUCCCCACAUGACGGCAUGCUGGCCAUCAUUAAAAGCGCUGCCACAUCUGAAGCAUACUUCGAAAAGAAAA